UCUCGAAAAUGGCGAGAAAGAAUCUUGGUCGUAGAAAAAUAGAGUUGGUAAAAAUGACCAACGAAUCAAACCUUCAAGUUACGUUUUCAAAAAGAAGAUCUGGUCUUUUCAAAAAAGGCAGUGAACUUUGCACCUUAUGUGACGCGGAAAUUGCGAUAAUCGUGUUUUCACCCUCGGGAAAAGCAUACUCUUUUGGUCAUCCAAAUGUUAACAAGUUACUUGACCACUCUUUAGGGCGUGUUAUAAGACACAACAACACAAACUUUGCUGAAAGCCGCACAAAGCUCCGUAUUCAAAUGCUCAAUGAGUCUUUAACUGAGGUGAUGGCUGAAAAAGAAAAAGAACAAGAGACCAAGCAGUCAAUAGUCCAAAAUGAAAGAGAGAACAAGGACGCUGAGAAGUGGUGGAGGAACUCUCCAACAGAACUCAACUUAGCUCAAUCAACUUCCAUGAAAUGUGAUCUUGAAGCUUUGAAGAAGGAAGUUGAUGAAAAAGUCGCUCAACUUCAUCAUAGAAACCUAAACUUCUAUGUUGGAAGUUCUAGCAAUGUUGCUGCUCCAGCAGCUGUUAGUGGUGGUAAUAUCUCCACAAACCAUGGUUUCUUUGAUCAAAACGGAAACUCUACUUCUGCUCCAACACUGCCGUUUGGAUUUAAUGUUAUGAAUCGCACACCAGCUGGGUACAACAGUUACCAACUCCAAAACCAGGAGGUUAAACAAGUCCAUCCUCAGUAUUGGGCUCGUUACUAUUAGUCUAUC